CGCAGGUAAUGAUGCUGACGGGUAUGGUGCAAUGGGGCCUGCGUCAAUCGGCCGAGGUAUCGAAUCAGUUAAUGUCGGUGGAACGAGUGCUGGAAUACACGAAAUUGCCACCCGAGCCCAAUUUACGAGACAAUGACGUUGUAAUGAACAAAAAGAAGAAGAAGAAGAAGGUGCAAGAGUCAGAGGAGAAGCUGGUCGAGGUGCCAAAGGACUGGCCCAGCGAUGGGUGCAUCGAAUUCAAGGCAGUGUACAUGAGGUACACGGACGAAGAUCCACCGGUACUUAAAGGCCUGACUUUGAAGAUUCGACCGAGCGAGAAAGUGGGCAUAGUCGGGAGAACCGGUGCCGGUAAGUCAUCCCUCAUUUCCGCCCUGUUCAGACUGGCCAAGGUCGAGGGUAUCAUAGAAAUCGACGGCAUUGACACCGGGACUAUUGCCCUCGAGGACUUGAGGAAGCACGUAUCGAUCAUUCCACAAGAUCCCGUUCUUUUCUCGGGUACGUUACGCCGCAACCUCGAUCCUUUCAACGAGUUCGAAGACAAAACCCUGUGGACGGUCCUGGAAGAGGUAGAAAUGAAGGACGCGGUCGUGGCGACUGGCAAUGGGCUGGACAACAGGGUGAUGGAUCGCGGCGCGAAUUACAGUGUGGGACAACGACAGCUCAUCUGUCUAGCUCGAGCUAUACUGCGCAAUAACAAAAUUUUGAUGCUGGACGAAGCCACUGCCAACGUUGAUCCGCAAACGGACGCUUUGAUUCAACGUACCAUACGCACCAAAUUCGCCAAGUGUACCGUAUUGACGGUAGCCCACAGACUUAACACCAUAAUGGACAGCGACAAGGUGCUGGUGAUGGACAAAGGCAGACUUGUGGAGUACGACCAUCCACAUGUGCUAUUGCAAAAUGAAUACGGACCAUUUUCUCAGCUGGUGAGGGAAACUGGUAAGACGAUGUACGAGCAGUUUCGUAAAAUCGCUGGCGACUCUUAUGCAUCCAAAUGUGAUAGCGCAACCCUAUAGAGUGAGGUUGCGAAUGAAAAAUCUUAAAUACUUUAUUACUAAUGGAUGGUCUUUAUGAUAAAAGAACGAAAAAAAAAAACAACAAUUUAUCGAUUACAUUGUAAUAUUACAUGAAAAAGGGCAUAAAUUUCAUACGCACUAAUGACCAAUUACAUUUAAAGUUUUUUUAUAGUAUUUUCAUGUAUAAAAGCAGAAAUUUGAGCAAUUUUCUUCGUAAUAUAUUGAAAUGUGCUCAAUGCCUGUAUAUUUUUACAAUAAAAUACUUUAAUCGCGUGAUUCAAAUACUUUUGAGUGUAUAUAAAAAAAAAAAGUAAUAGAAGAAUAUUACAAAAUGGUUACUUUUAAAUGUAAAAUAAAUAUUACCAAUUUUCGUAUGAAGUGAGCAAGGGAGUGGGUGAAAUUUUUAAAAAUAUCUGUGAAAUAAAUAGCACAUAUUAUGUCUAAUGUUUAUAUCACAUAUCA